AUGCGUCCGGCCCGUCUUUUGCAUUUGCACGCGGCGUACAGAGUGAGUGUGCGUAGUGUGCCUAGGGCGAAAGGGAGUAGUGGCGUACGCAGUGCUUCGACGACUGCGCCGGCGACUGCGACUGUUACUCCGGCGACUACGACUGCUACGCCGACUCCGGCGACUGCCACUCCGGCGACUGCCACUUCUGCGACUGCCACUUCUGCGACAGCUACGCCGACGACUGCGACUCCGGCGACUGCUACGCCGUCCACAGCCACGCCUACUUCUCCCCCCCCCCCCCCCCCACCUAGCAAACACAAACUCCUCUACACGGAAAUCUUCCCGCCCCUCUUCCGCGUCCUUGCCUACAGCACCGGCGCCUACUUUGCGCUGCAUCUUCUGUGGCAUGCCCUCGACGACCACGAAUCCUCCACGUACGAAGCACGCCAAAUCAACACACUCACAAACGAGAUCCGCGCGUCGGUCGACAAUACCUAA